AUGGCGCCCCGCUAUGUCUCGGCCGACACACCGGUGGAGCACGUCCGGGUCUACGUCGAUGGCCUGCAGGGCCAAUUGCGUUCCCGGGCCCUGCGCGCAGCUGAAAGGAUAAAAAAGCGACCUCCGACACUGGGCAAGUUGGAUGCAGAUCUCAAUGCAGUGGCCGAUGAACUCGGGGAUGAAGCGAUCGUUGAGGUGACGGCGGGGCCGCGGAAAGGCAUAAUAUGCGUCACCCUCCGCCCAGAGCAUGGCGGCCACCUCACUGCAGGGGCUGGACGGGGUGGCCGGGACGUGAUGUUGCCCGGAUCCGCUUUGUCCUUCAAGCUCGACGGCACACCGGCUGCCGCAAGAGGCCCACCUCCCCUUCGGGUUUCUGCCCAAGGCGAGUGGAAUCUGGGGCAAGAUGGAUUGGGCUGCUGCCUUACGGUUGCCCCCCUGUUCGGGACUGGAGCAUGGCGCCUCCUCCCCAGCGUAGAAAUGGGUGCUGGUCUUGGCGGGCUCUUCGGCCUCAUAUGCCCGAAGUCUCAGCACAGCUACCUCCAGGUGUGCUUGACAGAUCCACUUGGGAGGCACAAGACUCGGUUGCGUGCUUCCUCUCGGGACCUGCGGCAAGAUGCUUCGCUCCUGGACGUGCCACUGCAGUCUUCGAAGGCAUCGGUGUCCCAUCAGUUUUUGAACAGCUACGGACAGGAAGAUGAUGGUGGUCAGCUGGGAGCAUCCUGUGAAGUUGCCGGUCUCCUUGGCGACGUCCAGGUCGCGCGAGCUGAAGCGGCUUGGGCUCGCUGGGGCAGCGGCCUGGGCGCCGCCUGGCAGGAGCGGCUCUUCCUGGGAGGCGUGACAGGCCAGGGUCCUGGGGAGACUUCGCCGAUACUGGCUGAGGGCUCGAGGAAAGACUCCUUGGCUUCGGACCUCACGGAUUGGGCCCGGCCAAGCGCAAGGAGCGGGAAACAGAGGCGCCAUGUUUCGGAGGUUCAAGGAUCUGAGGCUCUGGUGUGCCCUUCGCUUCCCUUCAUCUUCAACCCUGGCAACCGACACCUCCCCCAAUCCCUGACCUGCCCUACACUGAUCCAGAUUCCACAACAGGGUGCUGCUGCUGAUCAUGAUGACGAUGAUUCAGAGAGCAUCGCGAUGAUCCUUGUCGUCAUCACCAUCUCAUCAACACUUCGUGAUGAUAGCGAUGAUGCAGAGGAUGAUUUGGAUAAGACCUAUACUACUUCGGAGCCCACCCGAAUCGAGACCGGUCAGACCACAUUCCUUGGCGGGGACACGCGUGCCAGCGUCGAGGGUUCCAUGCGGUGGCCGGUGCCAUUGGGUUUCGGGCUCCAUGUCUUUGUCUUCGGGUCGGCCGGCAUUCUGCUGGAGCGGAUGCCGCUCGCUUUUGGUCGCCGCUUCCGGCCAUUUCGAGCACAAAUCCAUCGUACAAGCGGUGUGAAAGUUCGCAGUGGACGCGAGGAUUAG